UUGGCGCUACGGCUGCGGUCACACUGGUCGUCUGUCGCACAAAUAAUAAAGAAAAGAAGGCAGCGAAAGCAACAAUAAUAAAAAUAAACAGCCGUCCCGAUAGCUGAGCACAAAAUAAGGUGUACGUAAUAUAGACAACUAGGCAAACAAGGCGGCUGUGCGGGGCGGAGAUCCUUCAUACGGGAGCGGAGUGGAGCAGAGUGUGACAAUGGGCGCCUGUGUGUGUCGCAUGAACCCCGACAACGAGACGAUGAGCGUCUCCUCGGCGAGCAUCUCGCGUCCGGCCAGUGCAGGCAUUGCCAUGGGCGCGGCGCGCAAGAACCGACCGCUCUGCCACGAGACCAUCCGGUGGCGGUCCGACGUUCCCCUCACCGAGGGCCAGCUGCGGUCCAAGCGGGACGAGUUCUGGGACACUGCGCCGGCCUUCGACGGCCGCAAGGAGAUCUGGGAUGCGCUGCGGGCGGCCACCAACGCGGCCGAGGGCCUCGACUUCCAGAUGGCCCAGGCCAUCCUGGACGGGGCCAAUGUCUCGGUCCCGAAUGGAUACCUCACAGAAUGUUACGAUGAGCUGGGCACCCAGUACAAGGUGCCCAUCUACUGUCUCUCGUAUCCCAUAAAUAUCGUAAAGGAGGAGAACGGACGUGACUCUCCUGCCGAAUACUCUGAGCCCGUGGAUGGAGGCACCGAGAUAUUUUUGAAGCUGCGCAUAUCAUCUACCAUGACGGAUGUUAAACUGCCGGUUUACUCCAAGGACACCGUUGGGCAGUGCAAGAAGAAGCUUCAGGCCGCGGAGGCUGUCGAUGCCUGCUGUCAGCGAUGGUUCUACAGCGGCAAACUGCUGGGCGACAAGGUGCCCAUCGACGAGUGCAGCAUACACCAGGGGUACGUGGUGCAGGUCAUUGUCAACACGGAGCACUACAACCACGACAACAGCACGAGUACGGCGCACGCCAGCUAGCGGCGCAGUCAACCCCCACUAGUCAACAGCAAUAGCAACAGCAAGGAGCCACGACAGCAACCGCAGUAUCAGCAGCAACUGCAGCAGCAACAACUAUUGGCCAAAGCGGGCAGCGGCAUUCGCAGGCGGAGGAAUGCCACAUACUCAGUUUAUAGCACAAGGAACCUUAAGGGGAAUGUACAGCAAACACCGGAGCAUCAGCGGGUACAACAGCAACAACAGUAUACUCAUUGCAUUUAUCAAAAUAAGCAACAAUUGCAAGUUGUGGCUCUGUCUGCCUUGUUGCUGUUGCUGUUGUUGUGUCUGCUCGCCUUGUUAUGCUUUGUUUAAUAUAUACAUAUAGAUAUAUAUAUAAAAUGUGAAACAAAAGAUAGAAGCCAAUUUGCUGAGAAAGGGAAAUCGGAAUGGGAAAUGAUUAUAAGAUAUAUAAAUGAUAAACUUACAUAUAUUUUUUGAUAAUAAUUACUUGAUAAUAAUGCAACUGAUUUAGGCAGACUAUCAAGCAUAUACUUUCGAGUGUAUACAGAAGCUGCUAUGUUAAGUGUAGUAAUCGAGAUCUUUUCGGGUACUUCUCUAUUGAAAAAUAUGUACAUUUUUAUAAAAACCAAGAUGAAAGGCCUCUAUUAACUAAUUGUAAGCGAGUGCUAGAGCAUUUGCCUAAUGUAUAUGUAAUGUAAAAAUAAACAAGAACUGUAGUAUUUGGCCGUAAUAGAAAGCAUGCAACAAACAAUUUUUGAUACUGUACAAAAUGCCAAGCACAAUAUUAUGAGGAUGAACAUAAUUGUGACAAAACCGAGAGAAUACACAAAUUGUUAAGCAUAUUACUUGCUCAAAUGUAGUUAACACGAAUGAGAGGAUCACAUCGCGAGCAGAGAGAUGGAGCGAAGGCGAGGUAGGGAGUGGAAGAGUUAACCCAAGUACCUUAUAAAUGUAUAUGAUUUAAUUUGCUUAUAGAGUCGAUAAUCAAGAAAUUGGAAUGAAUAUUUAUUUAUCUCUCAAGCACAUGAAUUUCCUCUUCUACAACUGCGGUAUCGUCAAAUGUCCGUUUUAAGUGCGUUAAAUUACCAUAAAGCAUUUAUUGACGAUAUUCUAAGUUAAUUAACAAUUCAAUUAAUAUGAGCACUAACAAGGCUGAAAGCGGCGAAACUCUUUGUUUUAAGUGUUUGAUUCAAUAUCGAGUGUAGACUGGUAAUGAAUCCAAAAACCUCGUAUAAAUUCAGCAUCGCUUUAUUUUUAAUGAAUUUUUUCGAUCCUUUUUCACAUCUCAAAUAAAAACCUGAAAGAAAUUUUACUAAUAAAUUAGUCAGUUGAUAAGGAUACCCAUGACCGUAUAUAUUCCACUGUUGGCGUUGUUUUAAAAUUUCUUAAUAUUGUAUUUGAAGCCGUAAAGCCAUUCAUAAUUUGAAACAUUUCUGUAACGCACUGCACGAGAGUGUAAUUGCCAAAGUUGAAACAAUUAUUGAUGUAAAGAAAAUAAAGAACACUUGAUUGCAUAGGUA